AAUUAACAGCACAAGCAGGAGGAUCCAUCAGCAUCCCGUGUUUCUAUGGGUGUCCAUCACUGAUGAUCCCCAGAACUUACUCUUCAUUGUGACCAUGAGGAACCUGCAGCACAUGGAUUCUGGCUCUUAUUGGUGUUGUGUGGGUGAUGGAUGCAGAAGAUCUGAGGAUUCCUCUGGGAAACUGGAGCUGUUGGUUUCUACAGAGGUUAGGAGUGUGAGGACCGUGAGCUGGAUAACUGCAGAGAGAGGAGGAUCUGUCACCAUCCCAUGUUACUAUAAUGAAGCUUAUAAAGAUCAGGUGAAAUCCUGGUGUAAAGGAGAUGAAUGGGAUUCCUGCUCCAGAACAGCACGAUCAGACAGUAAUCAGGAUGGAGGGAAAGUGUCAAUCUCUGAAAACCGUGACCAAAUGGUGUUUAAUGUGACCAUGAGAGACCUGCAGAAGGGGGAUUCUGGGUAUUACUGGUGUGAAGUGAAGCAUGAUGAGAGGACAUAUGACAAAGCAUUUCUGCCCCUGAUGGUCCAGGAAGCUAAUGGUCCUACAGGAAAGUCUAAAGUGGUG